GGGACAGCGAGCUGAGCCUCGAGGUCGGCUUUCACAUCGAGGUCGGCUUUCACGUCUCGACUCGGCCUCGAGGCCGUGUCAUCACCAGGCUCGGGCGGGACGCUGACUUGAUCCCCAGAGCGAGUAACUCCCUGAAGCCCAUGUCUGCUGUCUAUGCCGCCUUCGAGCUCAACCCCACCACUCAUCUUGUUGUUUUGGCGUUCUGAUCAAAGCAUCUCGCGUCUGUCAGCUUGAGAUUGGCCGAUAAUCUGAAUGGCAAGGCAGUCGACAUGGUUCAGAAAAAGGGCGGAGACAUCAUCGUCGGAGACGGUGUUGUCCUGUACGGGUGGGGGUAUAUAAUCUCCAUCGCGGCUUGGUUUGAAGUGGCUGGCGAGACCUCCAAUGCACCGACAAAGGCAAUCCUCAAAGCUCUCGCCGUGACAGGCUACGAAUCAUCUAUGCUCUAUGUGAAGGAAGCAAGGUCGCGCGACUGGCCAACUGUGGAGCUGGCUUCGGGUGCGCAAUCUUGGAAGAUGACCAGGUUAGGCACGGCGAAAUGCCCUAUACGACAGGACCAUGACCAUCUCCGUGAGAAUUUCGGUUCAGGCGGCUUCGGCACCGUGUGCACGGUCAUCGACAAGGUCUCCGGUAACGCCUUUGCCAUUAAGGUGGCCAACAUCGUCGAAUAUCUCGGCAACCAACUUUUUCACACUUCCAAGCCCCGAGUUAUCUAA